AUGGGCCGGGGGCGGGGCCUGUGCAGCCAGGUGGGCGGCAAGGAGAACCCGGCGAUCGCGGCGUGGGCGCUGGCCGCGGCGCUGCUGGCAGCAGCAGCAGUGACUUUGCUGCUGCUGGCCGAAGCCACGCAGCUCAAAGACCAGCUCGGCGAAGGCCUGAAGCCGGAGGAGUACGGGAAAGUGCUGUUUGUGUCUCGGGGGACGUUUUUGGGGCUGGGGUGUACGUACACCGUGGCCUGCGCGUGCUGCGCUGCAGUGACCCUCUGCGGCUACUUCUUCUGGGCCAAGCUGCUGUGUCUGGCCUGCCCGCUGCUGCUGCUGUGUCAGCUGCUGUGUCUGGUGGCAGCAGCAUUUGGGGGCUACAUGCUGCAGCAGCUGGAGGCGUUUCGCAGCAGCCAGGUGGAGCUGCUGCGGGCGCCGGGCGGCGCAGCAGCAGCAGCAGCAGCAGCAGCAGCUGCGGACUUCUCGCUGCAGUUCCUCGACGCCCACGCCUCCCUCGUGCUGCUGUUUGCUGCUGCUUCCCUAGCAGCAAUUGCGCCCCUCGCCAAAGCAGCAGCAAUUGACGAAAAGGGGACCAUGGUGGACGUUUUGCUGCACCUCCCGCUGCUGUCGGGGUGUAUAGCCACUGCAGCAGUGCUGCUGCUGCCUUCCCGCUGCUCCCUCAACGUGGGGCUGGGCGCGGGCUUCCUCGUUGCUGCUGCUGCUGCUGCUGCGCUUGCUGCGCUGCAGCACUGCGGCGGCCUCCUGGCCCGCGUUUCCGCGCUGCUGCUCGCAGCUUUUUAUUUGCUGCUGCUGCUGCUGUCCCUCGCGUGUCUCCUCGCUGUGGGGCGCCAGUUUGCUGACGGAAGAGCAGCAGCAAUCCGCUACUUGCGUGUGGGGCCGCUGCAGCAAACUGCCUUUUUGCUGCAGCUCGAAGCAGCAGCAUUUGAGAACUUCAAGCAGUUCUAUCUCCUCAACAAGGGGGCUUUCGGCUUAGCUGCUGUUGCUCUUGCUGCUGCUGUUGCUGCUUACUCCUUCUUUGCUGCUGCCUUCUCCCUCCGUGCUGCUGUCGGCGGCGCAGACGCCCUCCGCAGAGACAUUUCCGAAGCUUCCAGCGACAAACCCUAG